AGUUUCAGUUAGGGCAAGUAACAAUCACUGGGGAUAACAUAAUAACUUUUAAAAGCUUGAGGAGGUUACAUGUUCCGAGCUCAGUCCACAAGGGACCAAAGUAACAUUUUCACGAAAUUGUGUAUGGAGAAGAAAAGAAACACUGAAAAUUAACCUUCUCUCUGUCAAAUACUGUAUAAGACAACCCAGUUCAACCAAGAAGUCAUCUUUUCUUUCUAAUUUUGGUAGAAAAGAAUAUGAAGAACCAGGGCAUAGCUAUUGAGACUGAAGGAGUUUUCAAAGAAAAUCAUCACAAAGAUGACUUCUUUAUUUCAGUGCCAAAGAGUGAAAAUGGUUGAGGGUCUAUAUAGGAAUUACAAGUUUCCAGUCAAACAAUUCUUGGCUGCCUUUAUUCUAGUUAUCAUGGGUGUUGGCCUUGACGGCCUCGGUUGUUCUGUAUAUGUUGGAGUUAUGUGUAGUACAGGUAGGCACGCUCGGUCAAGUAACGCACAGGGUGCCGGUCUCGCCUCCCCAGGUUUGUGAUAGUAAUUGAUUUGUGUAUCAGUACUUAUUGUAACUUCAGUAGUAAUCUGCCUUUUGCACUUCCUGUCCUCCCUUUUGUUUCUGGCUUAUUUUAUCAUGGCAUUCUGUUACAAGCUGGUUGCAUCAUAAGGGAAGAAAUUAUACUAAAUUCACAAGUGACUAGGUUGCUGUAUUUAAAGGUCAUUGCGUAAAUCUAGGGAUAUUUAUUCAUCUGUACCGUGAUGUCAAACAAAUAAGGUGUUAGUGUUUUUCCGACCCCUUGAUCUAAUUUGUAAAUACAUUCAGUUAGAAGAUCAUAGUUCUUCUCAUCGUACCAGCAAAUUAUAUUUUCAAUAUUCCAGCCACAUUUAAAUCAUUCUUCUGCUUCUGAUUUCCGUAUAUGUUGUAACGUUAUUUAAGCAAUAAUAACCGUUUGCUUUGAUAAAAAACUAUAUAACGAUUAACUAGUGCCAGAGAGAGACUAUUAUCUCUGCAACGAUCAGUAUUUUCUUAAUAGUUGGGUUAGAUGCUUAUCCAAGUUGACCAUUUAAGUUGAGUUCUUGUAUAUUUCUUUCUGUCAGCUCGUAUAGUUAUUCUCUGGAGUGUAGAAAACCUAAUAUACGUGGUUUGAGAUUUUUUUCUGGACGACUUUACUCUUGUUUAAGUGUGGGAUCUCCUAUUAGCCUAUCAUCAAAGAGUGGUGUAACAAAUUAGUUAGAUGACCUGGAUCACCAAAUAUAAUAUUCGUAAGGGCUCGUUUGGUUCGAGGGAUAAGGAUAAAUAAUUCCGGGAUUAUAUUUGAGAUGAGUUUAUCCCAUGUUUGGUUGGGAUAAAAUCUCGAUAUAACUAAUCCUGGGAUUAGUAAUCCCGGGAUUGUAGUGUUAUUUUAUCCCUGUGGGAGCGUGGAAUAACUAAUCCCGGGAUAACUAAUCCUAGGAUAAGUUAUCGUGGGAUAACUUAUUUUCAACCAAACGACCCCUCAAAGUGCAGAAACAACCAUUGAUUCGGAUGAACAUUUCCCAUGUAUUUGUUGGGUGGUUAUUACAUGUCACUAGAACAAUGCAGAUGGAGUACCUUAUCGAUGGCCCAUUUCAGCAUGAAUAUUAUCUCAGUACAACAACAACAACAACCCAGUGGAAUCCCACACCGUGGGGUCUGGGGAGGGUAGAGUGUACGCAGACCUUACUCCUACCAAGGUAGGACGGCUGUUUCCGAAAGACCCUUGGCUCAAUAAAAAACAUAAAAAGAGGUCAGAUACGGCUAAGAAAUUCAAAGCGAUAUGUAAAUGCAAAUAACGAAAGCGACACAGAUAAAAUAGAAUAAUCAAAAUACAGGAAAUAAUAGAUAAUAGCAGAAAUCAGAGCACAAGAAAUUAUACUGCGAUAAUGUGCCUACUAAUAAGGAAGGAUAACGAGACUAUCUACUAGCCUUCUACCCUAAUGUGGGUCCUCCACACCCUCCUAUCUAAGGUCAUGUCCUCGCUAAGCUGUAACUGCGCCAUGUCCUGUCUAAUCACCUCUCCCCAAUAUUUCUUCGGCCUACCCCUACUUCUUCUGAAACCAUCCAUGGCCAACCUCUCACACCUCCGCACUGGGGCAUCCGUGUCUCUCCUCUUCACAUGCCCAAACCAUCUCAGUCUCGCUUCCCGCAUCUUGUCUUCCACCGAGGUCAACUUUCAUCUUUUGAACGUGAGAGAUCUUAACUGGCCAACACUCCGCCCCAUACAACAUAGUCGGUCUAACCACCACUUUGUAGAACUUGCCCUUAAGUUGUGGUGGCACUUUCUUGUCACAUAGCACUCCGGAAGCGAGCCUCCAUUUCAUCCACCCUGCCCUAAUACGAUGUGUGACAUCCUCGUCAAUCUCCCCGCUGCCUUGCAUGAUAGACCCAAGAUACUUGAAACUACUUUUCUUCUGGAUGGCCUGGGUACCAAGCCUAACUUCCACGCCAACCUCCUGAGGUGCUUCACUGAACUUGCACUCCAAGUACUCUGUCUUGGUCCUACUCAGCUUAAACCCUUUAGACUCCAAGGUAUGUCUCCAACCCUCCAGCUUAGCGUUAACUCCACUACGAGUCUCGUUGAUCAGGACUAUGUCAUCCGCGAAAAGCAUACACCAUGGCACCUCACCUUGAAUUUGUCGCGUCAAUCCAUCCAUCACCAAGGCAAAUAAAAUCGGACUAAGAGCUAAUCCUUGAUGCAACCCCAUCACAACCGAGAAAUGCUCUGAGCAUAAAUAUUAUCUCAGUAUUUGCAAAUAUUGAAGUUUAAUAUUCAACUAUUUGCAAAUAUUGAACUUUUUUAUUGAAUUUCAAAUUAAUUAUCGGAAUAAUUGUUUAAAGGUGAGCUCGUCGCACAUGGCUUGCCUAGUGCGGGUUAUCUCUCUUGUGUGGUUUGCGGGCUAUUUCACAAGAGCGGGUUUACCUUGUGCGCACCCGAAGGGUAGAGGCUGCGCGUUCCCUUGUGAUUAAAAAAAAAAAAAAACCUGUUUAAAGGUGUAUUUCAAGUGAAAUACUGGUCCCACAAAUCUUCAACUUCCACAGUUGUUUUUCCAACUCAAGUUCAUGUUUAUAACAAUUUCAACUUCAUAUGUUCAUCUUUGAUCAAUUUCAACUCAAAUAUUAUUCAUAUGUCUGCCUAGACCUGUUACAGAGAUCUUCUAGAUUGAACAGCUAGAAAACAUGUAAGUGUACUUCUUAGCAUUGCAUCCUAUCAAGUAGGUCGAAAUUCCUAUGAUGUUACUAUCUGCUGCAGUAUCUGAAGCCUGGAGGCAUGUGAUAUUCUGGCCAACUUUGCUUCAACUUUCUCUUGAAGCUAUGGAACCUAUGGAGCAUAGCAGAUUUCUUUUGGUUGGCUAUAAAAUUGACCUCUUUAGGUUCAAGAAAGAACAACGCGAGCCUCCACGACAAAGGGUGCAAAAAUGGAAGAAAAGGGGAAAGAGAAUAGCACUGCCGAUAUGAGGAACCUGAACAAGCAUUGUAUGGACAUUGAAGUCAUCCCUAAACUGGAAAUGCUGGUUGAUGGUCAGCUGUGUUGUGCAGACGAAGAGCUGAUAAUUCAUUAUCUCUAUAAGAAAAUGAUAGGCCAGCCCUUUCCCAAUCAGAUUAUUCAUGAAGUCGACUUCUUCUUGUACCAUCCUCAGCAGCUUUCUCAGAUGCACCUUCCAUCUCAAGCGGAAGAAUGGUACUUUCUGAGCCCAGCAAACAAAGACGGUCAAUCCAACAGCACGAACAAUGGCGGAUAUUGGGAAUCUUGUGGAACAGAUUCCCUCAUCCACAAGGAUGGUGAGCUGAUUGGAUACAGAAAGACACUAAUCUACAUUGACGAGAAGCAUGAGGAGGAUAGGAGCAGGACUGAGUGGCUAGUGCACGAAUACAGACUGGAUAGUACUGGUACAACUUCUGACGACAUGCAGUGGGUAGUUUGCAAGUUAUACAAGGUGAGUAACAAGUUAAUAGCAGCAGAGAAAAAGGAAGCCACAAAAUCUGCUAGUCCAAAUGAUGGGGUAUCUAGCAAGGGCUUGACAAUUGAAGUCAGAGAGGAAGCGAGCUACACAGUUAAUGAUGAGGGGCCUAGUAAUGUUGGCGAUGAUUUACAUCCUCUGCUUGAUACUAUUCAAGUCACUGCUGCAACGCUUUACUCCUCUUCAAUACUGCUUGAUCAGUUAAUAGCAGCAGAGGAAAAGGAAGCCCCAAAAUCUGCUGGUCAAAAUGAUGGGAUAUCUAGCAAGGGCUUGACAAUAGAAGUCCCAGAGAAAGCAAGCAACAUAGACAAUGAUGAGGGGACUAGUAAUGUUCUUGGCGAAGAUUUACAUCCUCUGCUUGAUACUGAUCAAGUCACUACUGCAAUGCUUCACUCCUCUUCAAUGUUGCUUGAUCAAAUUUGGAGCUUUGACAAACCUCAUACAUACCCUUGGCGUCAGCAUGACCAGGGAACUGUGCUUCCUACUCCUAAGACCCAACAUGUAGAGAGAAAUACACUUACUCCUCCUACAGGUCCACACAAAGCAACAAACGAAGUGGUUGGAAAUAAGCGUCCGAUAGGUAUGCGUAAUUCACAGUCACCGCCUACAUCUGGUGAAGGCUUCAUGAUCCGGAAUGCAAAAUCUCAGCGUCUGUGUGAUGUGGGAACUAUGCUUCCCCCUCCCCUGCCUGAAAAUGAUCAGAGAACAAUAGUUCCUACUAAAGCGAGCAGUGAUGUUGUUACUGACCCGGUCCCAAGUAACAGUCAGGGCUCUGAGAAACCUGAGUGUUCUGAAAAAAAUCUUGAUGGGCGCACUGGCAUUUUCAGCUUUGAUGGUGAGUGGCCGCUAUAUCCUGAUUUAACUGAACUUCCACCAUAUGAUGAAUCUUUUGAGUCCUUAACUGCAGAAGUAUUGACCUUCUUUAAUCAGCCUGAUCCUGAAUAUCCAUAGGCAUAUGACAACAAGAAAGAGGCCAAUAAAUGUUAGAACCAUGUUAUGGCAGUCUGUGGUGAGAAUUACAGAUGUUUUAAUUACUUUAUACAAACUUCUGCUAGUUGAGUAAAGGUACGAAGGCAGUAGAUUUAGGUUUCAGGACCAAAUAUUGGUGAAGGCCGUCAUGUACCAUUGUUUCAAUUUUUAUGGCAAGUACUGUCUAAUUUUAUCAAGGAAUCUGUUAGUUUUUAUUA